AAUGCUUCGAAAAAGCCCAGAGUUGAUUGUUUUUCCUGGCAUCUGGCUCUGAAUCGAGGUGGGAGAAGUUAACAGCAAUGAGAGACACUGGAGAAGCGACAGACGGCGGACACAAAAACAGCAAAUCGGAGAAAGACCAGAGCUGGAUUCCCAAAAUCUUCAAGAAAAGAAUUUGCACCACCUUUGUGGAAGAUUCUUUAAGUAAUGGUGCGUUGUGCCAGUGUGGGGGGACACGAGACUCCCAUGCCUCUGUGGCCCUCGGCGACUAUUUCAGCACUGCCAUUGUCAAUCACUGGGACAGCGGCCAGCACUCCUCUGAGUACCCGACGGAUGCCUUUGGGGAGUUGCAGUUUGCAGGCGCCAGCAAGAGGCACAGCUACUUCUUGCGGCUGUCAUGGGACACAUCGCCGUCGAUGGUCUACACCCUGAUGACGGCCCACUGGGGGCUGGCUGCUCCCAACCUUGUGGUGUCCGUAGUCGGCGGCGAAGGCAGGACGAAAGUGAAGACGUGGGUGCGGGAGGUCCUCCGGCAGGGCCUGGUAAAAGCCUCGCAAAGCACAGGAGCUUGGAUCUUGACAGCGGGAUUGCGGGAAGGCGUCGGCAGGUGCGUCGGCGAGGCGGUGAGGGAUCACGCCACCGCAGCCUCCUCCGUCUCCCUCAACAAGGUGGUGGCUCUGGGUGUGGCUCCCUGGGGGCUCGUCCACAACCGGCAGCAGCUGGUCAAUGAACAGGGCAGUUUUCCUGCCAAGUAUUAUGUCCACAACACAACCCGGGACUCGUGCUGCCUGGAUAACAACUACCAGGCUUUCCUGCUGGUGGAUGACGGCAGCAUGGGACGCAGAGGAGGCGAGACCGUCUUUCGGGCGAAACUGGAGGACUACAUCUCCCACCAGCGCACGGGCAUUUGGGGCAGUGGAAGUAUUGACAUCCCAGUCCUUUGUAUGCUGAUCUCAGGGGAUGCCAGUCUGCUGGAGAGAGUUGAUCUCUCUCUGAAGAACUCCAUGCCCUGGUUGGUGCUGGCCGGCUCAGGAGGCACGGCCGACUUCCUGAGCGAGAUCGUGAAGAACUUGUCGUCCGCGCCGGUUGUCCAGUCUUCCGGCGAGGGCGACGGUGAGGCAGGUCCCAGCGUGGACUUGAAAGACAGAGUGGCAGAACGGGUUCGCAAAUACUUUCCCUCUGAAGCGGAGACAGACAAACAUGUUGAGCGUGCUCUGAGCAUAUACCAAAACAAAGACUUGAUCACCAUCUACCACGGAGAGCAGGAGGGCCCCAACGACUUUGACACGGUGCUGCUAAAAGCUCUGGUUGGAGCAUCGAAGCAGCGCGUGUCAGUCGAACACAGUCCGUACAAUGAAGAACUGAAGCUCGCGGUCACGUGGAACAGGGUCGACAUCGCCAAAAGCGAACUUUUCAACGGAGACAUCCAGUGGAGGUAUGAAGACCUGGAGGACUCGAUGACCGACGCCCUGAUCAACGACAAGCCUCAGUUUGUGCGCCUCUUCACCGAGAAUGGCCUAAACAUCUUGGACUACCUGACCUACGGCCGGCUGGAAAGUCUCUACAGAUCAGUGGCCGACGGGACACUUCUUUACCAGCUGCUCCAGCGCCGCCUGCUGGAGAGACUCGGUACACCGUCACACCUGCAGGACACGACCAGCAAAGGUGCAGCUGAGAAUAUCCACAGUGGACCAGUGUCCGAGCUCAGCCUUUUUGAGGUGUCAAGAGUGCUAGAGCUGUUAAUGGGUGAUGUCUGCCAGCCGUUCUAUUAUGCCCCCUUGGAUUUGGAACAGAUCACGUCCAAGAGGAGAGCGAUGAGGCGUGCCAGUAAGCUGCUGCGUGGCGACUGUUUGUAUCGUGAGAAGCGCUGCCUCUUCCCCUGGGCGUCUCUCUUCAUCUGGGCCGUCCUCCAGAACCGCAGCGAGAUGGCCAUUUUCUUCUGGGAGAUGGCAGGCGAAUCGGUGCUGAGCGCUCUGAGUGGCUGUAAAAUGCUCAGGGAGCUUUCUAAACUGGAAGCUGAGACCGAAACCAAACUCUCCAUGAAAGAGUUGGCCCAGAAAUUUGAGAACCUGGCACACGAUAUCUUCGGUUCUUGUUACCGCAGCAACGAGAGUCGCUCCUUCACGCUGCUGAUCCGCAAAUCUCCGGUCUGGGGCGGGACCACCUGCCUCCAGAUGGGAAUGGGUGCGGACGCCCGCCUUUUCUUCAGCCAUGAUGGAGUGCAGUCUUUGCUGUCCCAGAUCUGGUGGGGGGACAUGAAGAGGAACACCGAAGUGUGGAAACUCAUACUCACCUUCUUCUGCCCUAUCCUCUGCUACACAAACUUGAUCUCUUUCAGGACACCAGAUGACCAACAGCAGGAGAAGGACGUGAAGCCCAGCGACGACGGCAUUGGCCGGGAAGACAGCCUCUACGGCACCACCGUCUUCUCCUUCUCCGACAUUAAGCACAUUGAAGCAGACUCACAAGGCGUAUACACUCCCAGGACGGCUACCAUCAGAGGCAUACGGCGCCCGCCUAAACCACCCGAGCGGCCCUUCAUCGUGUCGCGUUGGCGUCAGUUCUGGUUCGCGCCCGUCACCUCCUUUUUGGGCAACGUCCUGAUGUACUUCCUCUUUUUGCUGCUUUUUGCCUACGUGCUGCUGGUGGAUUUCAAGAUGCCGCCCCCCGCCGGUCCGGCCAUCACCGAGCUGGUGCUUUAUUUCUGGGUGUUCACCAUGGUGUGCGAGGAGAUACGAGAGACCUUUUUUUUAGGGACAAUGACUUUACGCCAGAGGCUCAGAGUGUACAUUCAGGACGUGUGGAACAAAUGUGACCUCACUGCCAUUAUUUUGUUCAUCAUCGGACUAAUUUGCAGGAUGUUCAACUGGUCGUAUGAACUCGGCCGGGAUGUCCUGUGUGUGGACUACAUGGUCUUCACACUCCGCCUCAUUCACAUCUUCGCCAUUCACAAACAGCUCGGGCCCAAAAUCAUCAUCGUGGGAAAGAUGAUGAAGGAUGUCUUCUUCUUCCUCUUCUUCCUGGGGGUCUGGCUUAUGGCCUACGGCGUGGCCAACCAAGCUUUGCUGUAUUCCUACGACCCCCAACUGGACCGCAUCUUCCGUCGGGUUUUCUACAGGCCGUACUUGCACAUUUUCGGACAGAUCCCCGUCGAAGAAAUGGAUGUGGGGAAAGACUGGGACAUGCCGUGCACCGGCAACGUAACGCUGAUUGACGGCGGUGCAGAGCCGUGUCGAAUUACGUACAGCAACUGGCUGGUGGUAAUCCUGCUGGUUAUUUAUCUGCUGGUCACCAACAUCCUUCUCAUCAAUCUUCUCAUCGCCAUGUUCAGUUACACCUUUAAUGAGGUGCAGGCCAACAGCGACAUUUACUGGAAGUUCCAGCGGUACAACCUGAUCGUUCAGUAUCACUCGCGGCCCUCCCUGGCGCCGCCCUUCAUCAUCCUUUCUCACAUCAACCUCUUCAUCAAGAGGAACAUCCGCAAGGUGUCCUCCGUCAAGAUCCACCACUUCGUGUUGCAGCUCAAAGGCAAGGCAGCAAACAGGCUGAUGACGUGGGAAACCAUCCAGAAGGAGGACUUCCUGACCGCCCAAAACAAGAUCCAGAAGAGCAGCGACUCGGAGAGGCUGAAGCGCAUGUCUGCCAAAGUGGACGGUGUGAUGAAGCAUCUGACCGAGAGCAGGGACUUUGACCACAGGCUUAGGACUUUGGAGAAUGAGAUGGAGUAUUGCUCCAGCGCCCUGAGCUGGAUUGUCGAUACUUUGGCGCAAGGCAGCUCGUUUAAACCUCCGAGGCCUCCCCCAUCGCUGAGAGAUUCGUUCACUCCUUCUUCUGGUUCUUGACGCCCCUUUUUGUGGGCGGGGGGUGUCACUAAAAGACGUUUUUCUCUUUUUGCCUGCCGAGACUGUAUUAUGAGUGGAAGAAGAAAAACAGCCAACCUUACAUUGUUACAGAAUUGAUUGCAAUACUUCUAUAUAUAUUUUUUAACCUUUUUAUUUUUUUAAAGUGCAAUUGUUUGCUAUUAAAAUGCCAAACUGUAUUUGUAGUCUUCCACUGGAUAAUGUAAAUAUUUAACACUAAAAGUAAAUAUGGUGUAACACAGGGUUGGGGGCGAAACGUAUUGCAUGAUACUUCACAUUAAAUGCUGAAUGUGUAGGUUGACACUUUAUUCUGUUGACAGGUUUACACUUAAGGACUCCAUUGUUUACUUUUGGUAUUUUUAAACUAUGCGUAUUUUUUAUAAUAAAA